AUGAUUAAACUUGGUUCUGUUUUUCGGUUUAGAAAAACUUCCCUAAGUUUUUUUUUAGGGAUAACCUAUUUUAUAAUCGGUACAUUUUAUUUUUAUGACCAAUUGAAGUACAAACACAAUCUACCUAAAAAUCCAGAAUAUGCUUCUUUACUUAAUGAUGCUUGGUUGGAGUUACAGAAUAUAACUAAUAAACCUCAUCCUUACAAUUCAAAGGAAAAUGACCGUAUCCAUGACUAUUUACUUCACAGGAUUCAAGAUAUAACUUCAAAUAUAUCGUAUGCUGCCAUUGCCGACGAUCAUGAGAAUGGUGUGACAUCCAUAUUCAAACAACAAGAUACAUUCAAUGCUUCCUCGAUUGAUAAUAGGGUAAUAUAUUUUGAGUCCUCAAAUAUAGUAGUAAGGUUAGAAGGUUCGAAUCCUGACUUACCAGAAUUAUUACUCUCUGCCCACUAUGACGCUGUCCCCACUUCUUAUGGUGCCACUGAUGAUGGGAAAGGUAUAUGCUCAAUAUUAGCAGUUUUAGAUUAUUUUUCAAAACAACAACCAGAAAGAGGUUUGGUAUUCAAUUUUAAUAAUAAUGAAGAAUUUGGUUUAUUAGGUUCUACAAUUUUUAUGGAAAACGAAUGGGCCAAAUAUAUUAAAUAUUUCAUUAACUUAGAAGGUACUGGAUCAGGUGGGAAAGCUGUUUUGUUUAGAACAUCUGAUGCAACAACAGCAAAAAUCUACAAAGAUGCAGUUGUUGAUUCUCCAUUUGGAAACUCAAUAUAUCAAGAGGGUUUUUAUAAUAGAUAUAUUCAUAGUGAAACUGAUUAUAAAGUUUACGAAGAAAACGGUUUAAGAGGUUGGGAUAUAGCUUUUUACAAGCCGAGAGAUUUGUAUCACACAGUGAAAGAUUCAAUUGAAUAUACAUCAAAAGAAGCGCUCUGGCAUAUGUUACAUACAACAUUGCAAUUAACGAAGUUUUUAGCCCUUGAAAGUAUUAAUGAUAUUGAAGCAAAACACAACUUAUCACCUGCCGUUUACUUCGAUGUAUCCGGUUUAAAAUUUUUUGCCAUGUCGUCAAAAAACUUAGUGUUUUGGAAUUAUAUCCUUCUUUUGGUUUCACCUUUAACAAAUAUAUGUCUUUUGUUUAUUAUUAGGAAAAAAAACAGAAUACUUUUAGGCAGAUUAAAUACCUGGUUUAGACUUCCAAUUUCAUUAAUGGUUUCAUGUUUGAUCACAUACUGUACAUCAAAUGUUUUGAAGGCUUUAAAUCCAUUUAUUUUAUCUAGCAAUUACGUUUUAGCAACACUACUGUUUGUUGGAGUCUUUCUGAUAUCAAAUUAUAUUGUAUUGAACGUAUUCGAAAGGUUAUCGCCUACCCUUGAUUUUAAAACUGUAGCAAUUAAUGAAGUAUCAGUUUUGCUAUGGGCCAUAUUAUUUAUUCAAAAUACCAAAUCUUAUUACAAUAACUAUAAGAAUACCGGUAUUUAUCCUUUAACCAUCUCUUAUGCUUUUGUAUCAUUUGCAGGAAACAUUGCUUAUCUUUUUAUGAUAUUUAAGAAGACAACCAUUACCCCCGAGGAAACAGUGAAAAAUGGAACCUUGAGAGUUACAUCCACCACUGAUGUGGAAGCAGAUCCAGGCCAACCAAGCACGUACUCAUCUAUCGAAAAUGGUUCGAAUACUGUGCAUUUGGAUAAUAAUACCCAGCAAACUAGAACAAACGAAUCUGGUGCUACUCCUUCGGAAAAUAAUACUGAAGAAAAUGAUGAACGGAGACCUUUAUUGAGAGUAGCUUCUACCGAAGUUCAAAAUACUGAAAAGAAUAAUGUUGCAAAUUACGAUUGGUUAUUAGAAUUCUUAAUUAUUGUGCCUAUUCCAACUUAUAUCAUUUAUAACAGUGUCUCUUUAAUUAUGAGUGCCCUUAAUCAAACGUUCCAAGAUACUGGUGACAUAGCUAAAACAUAUCUGAUUUUGCUUGCAGGAGCCAUAUUCAUUGUAUUGCCAGUGCUACCAUUUGCUUACAAAAUUAAUUUUAAAUUAAUGAGAUUGGUUAUAGUUUCGACUAUUAUUAUAUUUGUCCUUGUUGCGCAUGUUCUACGCCCAUUUACAGAGGCAUUACCUUUAAAAAUAAGAUAUAUUCAAGUUAAUGACCAAGUUGAAUUGUUCGGAAUUCGAAACGACAACAAUAUGAUCAAGAUGAUCGAAGAUUUACCAAGUGUAAAACGAAACAAUUUAUCAAUUAGUUGUGUCAACGAUAUCAACUUAACAGAAAAAUGUCAAUACAUGUCAGUAUUCGAACCACAUUUAAUUGACAAUUUUAAACCUAAUGAAAUGAAAAUGUUAGAUAUCGAAGUUAUUCGUAACGACAAAAAUGAGAAAUUCAAAUCGCCAUAUGAACCAAUCAAUGCUGAAAUAAAGAUCAACGUUUUAGAAAACAGAAUGUGCACUUUGAACUUUAAUACAACUACUAAAGUUAGACAAGUCACUGUAUUCAAACCUAGCAAUAAAAAUGAACUGUAUUACACACCAAUGGAUUCUAAUGCCAGCAUACCUUAUAUUUUCAAAACAUCUGAGAAUAUUGAUCAAUUACAAUUACAUAAAUUAGAUUUUAAACAAAAUUAUUACCACAUUGGUAUUCAGUGGUUACCACAACUUUCUUUAAGCAAUAUCGAUGCAACUAAUGUUGAAGAUGGAAACAAUAAUACUUUAAUAGUUGAUGUCGAAUGUUUCUGGGGUGAGUAUUUUGACGAUUCUAUUGAUAAUGAUGGUGAACGUUUCAAUAAAUUACCAUCAUUGACUGAAAUUUUGAAAUUUAAACCUAUAGAUAUCUCAAUAACAAACAAAGACAAAGGUUUAAUCAAGUAUACCCAACAAAUUACAUUAUAA